AUGGGUAAAAGUUUUCGCAAGCAAUUUUUUUCACGUCGCCAAUAUAACCUUCGAAAUCAAGAAGAGACAAGACAACAAAGAAUAGAUGAACUUGAUAUUGAAAAUCACAGACUUCGACAACUAUUAAAUUCCUCUUUGUUUCAAGUAGAUAGUUUAUCUAACGAAAUUCAUCAUUUAUCUUCCUAUUUAUCUCGUAAUAGGCGUCAAUAUCGAGAUCUUGAA